AUGAAUUCGAAACUAUCAUUGUCUUCGACUGCAAUAAUGAAUGAUGGGCAUAAGAUCCCAUUGCUAGGGAUGGGCGGAAUGGGUGAUGGUCAUAGCACACCCAAAGGCAAAACUGCUCAAGAUAUCGCCUUAUGGGCCCUGGAGGCCGGAUACAGAAACAUUGAUACUGCAACUCUAUAUGAAAACGAAGAGGAUAUUGGAAUUGGUAUUGUAAGAAGUGGGAUCCCGCGUGAUCAAAUAUUUAUCACUACAAAAAUUAUGAACAAAGAUCAAGGUUAUGAAUCAACUCUUAAAGCCGUCGAAACUUCUUUAUCGAGCUUUCAAACAUCUUAUCUCGACUUGGUGUUAAUACAUACCCCCAAACCUGGUGCUCAAAAACGUAUUGAAAGUUAUAAGGCCUUACAAGAAUUAGUUAGGCGAGAAAAGGUUAGAAGUAUUGGGGUCUCAAAUUAUCGUGUAAACCAUUUAAAGGAGCUGAUGGAUACUGAUCCUGAAAUUAUACCCGCCGUUAAUCAAAUUGAGGUUCAUCCUUGGCAUACUAGAAAAGACAUUGUAUCAUAUUGUGCUGAACAUAAUAUUAUCAUUCAAGCAUUUUCUCCACUAACAAGAGGAAAAAAAUUUAACGAUCCUACUCUCGUUGGCAUUGCUAAGAAAUAUAACAAAACUGCUGCUCAUAUUCUUAUUCGUUGGGGCCUUCAAAAUAAUUUUGUUGUAUUACCAAAAAGCAUGAAUAAAGAUCGUAUAAUUGAUAAUACCAAAGUGUAUGAUUUUGAGAUUGAAGAAGAAGAUAUGAAAACUCUUGGAAAUUUAGAUGAAUCUUUUAUUACUAGUGAUAAUAACGCAAAAGUAGAUUAUAAUUUAUCCAAUAACAAAUUAAUAAGACGUCAAGCUACAGCACGACCACCCCAAGCUACAGCUCCAGCACAGCCGCCCCCAGCUACAGCACCAGCACAACCACCUCAAGCUACAGCACCAGCACCAGCACAACCACCCUCAGCUAAAGCACCAGCAGGAUCACCAACAGCAGCAACAGCAGCACCAGCAGCAUCUCAGUCUGCAACACAACUUUCGCAAGCUGUUCCAAGUUCUUCAAGUCCAGCUACACCACCAACUUCAGCUAAGGCCCCAACACCUCCUGCAAAUAGACCACAAACCGUAGUUGCUCCUAAAAAUCCUUCACAACCUACGGACCAAGUCAUUAUACCUGCGCCUUCGCCGCAAGUACCAACACAGUUACCUUACGGUGCUGGAGCAGAAAAACUGCAAUCCGAAAAAGGGAAUGUAAGAAUGUUUGCACUUGGAAUAACGAUAUUCUUAGUUAUAAUGUGGUGA